AAGGUGAAACUUCAACGAUAGUUUUACCACCGCUGUUGUCGAGGAAAUACUGUGCCUUGUUUAAUUCAUCUCUCUUCAACUUUGUGUUGGAGUCGACUGUCUUGAUUCGCGUGCGGAGCCUGCCACAGCGACCGUCCAGGACCUUUUCAAAAGCUGUAAAAGAAGUGAAAAAUGGCUCAAACUAUACAAACAACAACGAUUUUGGAACAAAAAGAGGAGAAAACAAUAACUCUGCCUCUGGUACCUCAAGCUGGAAAGAGAAAAUUCGAAAUAAUUUAUCCAAAUCUCAUUACAUUUACUUAUUGGCAUGUAGCUGGACUAUACGGCCUUUACUUGUGUUUCACUUCGGCAAAAUGGGCGUCAAUAUUAUUUGCAUUCUUUCUAUUCGUCGUAGCAGAAGUAGGAAUUACAGCUGGAGCCCACAGGCUUUGGUCGCAUAAAACUUAUAAAGCAAAACUGCCUUUAGAAAUUCUUCUCAUGGUGAUGAAUUCCAUUGCGUUUCAAAACUCGGCCAUUGAUUGGGUGAGAAACCAUCGACUCCAUCACAAGUAUAGUGACACUGAUGCCGAUCCUCACAAUGCCUCCCGAGGAUUCUUCUAUUCGCAUGUCGGUUGGCUGUUGGUGAGAAAACACCCUGAUGUCAAGAAAUUAGGAAAGAAACUUGACAUGUCUGAUAUUUAUAACAAUCCUGUGCUGAGGUUUCAGAAGAAGUACGCCAUACCAUUCAUCGGGGCAGUUUGCUUCGGUUUACCAACACUGAUACCAGUCUACUGUUGGGGAGAGACCUGGACUAAUGCCUGGCACAUCACCAUGCUGCGGUACAUCAUGAACCUUAACGUCACCUUCCUCGUCAACAGCGCAGCUCAUAUAUACGGAAAGAGACCUUAUGACAAGAAGAUUUUACCAGCACAAAACAUAGCCGUUUCCAUAGCAACAUUUGGGGAAGGUUUCCAUAAUUUUCAUCAUGUUUUUCCAUGGGAUUAUCGCACAGCUGAACUUGGAAACAAUAGUUUGAAUUUUACUACGAAGUUCAUUGAUUUCUUUGCUUGGAUCGGAUGGGCGUACGACCUGAAGACUGUCUCGAACGAAAUGAUAAAACAGAGGUCUAAAAGAACUGGUGAUGGAACUAAUCUAUGGGGAUUAGAAGAUGUGGAUACGCCAGAUGAUUUAAAAAAUACAAAAGGCGAAUAGGUUAAAGCCCUAACUCAAAACAGUGAGGAUUAUUGUGAUAUUUCGAUUUAAUUUAUUUUAAAUAAUUUUAAUAUUUUGGAUAACUGUUUUUAAUAAUAAAAAUAGUGUUUCGAUUAAAUUUCAAUUUAAUUAGAUUAGAUUGAAUUCUAUGAAUGUAGAUGCAUGAAGUUUUAUAAUGUUGCAUUUGUAUAAUUAUUUUAUUUAUUAAUUAAUAAAUUAAUUAACUUUUAAA